AUGGCCGAGUCACGCCCGAUGACGGCCGUCGAGCUCGUCGAGCACCCAGAGUACAACCACACUAUCUGGCCCCUCCAACCCACGCAAAAGGGCAAGUUCGCUGUCGCAAAGGGCAGGGGCGGACCGAUAAACAUCGCCUACGAGGUCCACGGCCAUGGCGACCGUCAUUUAGUCUUCCUUAUGGGCCUGGGUGGCAUGAAAUAUGCAUGGCAGCGACAGACCAAAGACUUCGCCCACACCAAAGGGGACCAUUAUUCGUCACUGGUCUUCGACAACCGUGGCAUCGGCGAAUCAGAUAAACCACUGAUGCGAUACACGACUUCCGAAAUGGCCAAAGAUACCCUCGAAUUGAUCGACCAUAUCGGAUGGACUGGUAUACGAGAGUUGCAUGUCAUUGGCGUCAGCUUGGGGGGCAUGAUCGCACAAGAGCUAGGCUUCCUCGAAAACUUGCGCAAUCGUGCAAACCUUUUUAUCCCCAAACCCCUCGACACCCAAAUAAUCAACGUAAAACGCAACCUCUACACGUCCACCUGGCUCUUAUCCCCCGAUGAACUCGCACCCGAAUCCACCGUCCAAGCCUUCCCGACAAACGGCGACCGCUUCGCCGCAAAUGAAAUCUGGAAACGCUCUUCACCUGAGUAUUUCCAGAAAAAAGGGUUCAUGCUACAAGCGAUAGCUGCGGGAUGGCACUACAAGAGUCCUGCCGAUUUAAAAACGCUAGCAGAGAGCGUGGGCAGGAGGAGGAUUAUGGUGGUACAUGGGGGACAGGAUCGCAUGAUUACGUUCCCGCAUGGGGUUGUGUUGUGGAGAGGCCUAGAGAAGGGAGAAGGGAAGACGGGGAAGGAGUAUAUGGGUAUGGAACAGGAGGAGGAUGUGUAUGUUGAGGGAGAGGUCGAGAAGCAUUUUGUCAAGGAGCAGGGACAUGUCAUUCCCAUUGAGAUGAGGAAGGUCUUUGGGGCUUGGUUGGAGAAUCUGGUUGAGAGGGGGGAGAAGCUUAAUGCUGAUGAAGGAGUUGCAAGGUAA